AUGCCUCUUAACAUCAUCGUCGUCGGUGCUGGAAUUGGGGGUCUUGCAUGCGCCAUCUCUUUGACGCGUCAAGGGCAUCAUGUUGAGCUCUUCGAGCAAUCCACUUUUCUUAACGAGAUAGGUGCUGCGAUCCACCUUCCGCCCAACGGCUCUCGAGUAUUGAAAGGAUGGGGAUGCGAUUUUAACGACCUGAACUACGUUUACUGCAACAGCAUCACGGCUUACGAUAAGUCGGGCAACUCCAGAUUCGUCGCCAUUGCCACUAAGGAUAUGCAUCAAAAGCUCAAUAUUCGUGACGAGUGGCUUUUGACUCACCGAGUCGAUUUGCACAAUACCCUUCGGAAGCUAGCUGAUACUGAGCCCUACGGGCAAAACCUCAAUAUCAAUCUUCAUAGCCGUGUUGUAUGGGCUGAUUUCGAAAACGCCGAAAUUCUUUUGGAAGAUGGCACUAGGUACAGGGCCGAUCUACUUAUCGGUGCUGAUGGGGUACAUUCGAAAGUCGUUUCUGCGGUGACGCUAGAGCAGCCGAAGCGCAAGUCUACAGGACAGAAUAACUUCCGAUUCUUAGUCUCAAUGGACAAGAUCAACGCUAGCCCUCUAGCGAGGCCUUUCUUCGAGGAUUUGGGUCUGGAUGAUCAACAUGUCUUUCUGGGAGCCGAUCGGCGCUUGGUUGUCUAUCCCUGCCGAUCCAAAACUCUCCUCAAUGUUGUCGCCAUCCAUCCUGCUGAGAACGAUAGCCUAGAGACCGAAUCUUCCUGGCUCUCGGGAGGCAAUAUGGAAGAUUUGCUGCACACAUACCGAGACUUUGGACCGGAGCUGAUUGAGAUGUGUCGCCUGGGAGAAGAUUUGAAACUUUGGAGCCUGGCAACGCGUGAGCCCCCAAAAACAUUCUACCGAGGCAAGACAGUCUUGGUUGGUGAUGCAGCCCAUCCAAUGCUCCCCCGCCAGGGUGGCGCACAAGCGCUUGAAGACGGCGCGGCUUUGGGUGCCCUAUUGCCAUACGACACCUUGCCCAGUCAGGUCAACCGAAGACUACAGCUGUUCAACAAGGUCAGAUAUGCGCGCACAAUCACUGUCAUGGUCAUGUCAAGCACCAGUGACGAUAGGCGUGCCGAGAAGAUGCCAGAGCUCCAACGAUACGUCCCCGAUGCUCGCCUUCCGAAGAACAUGUUUGAGUAUACGUGGAGUUCGUACGCCACGCUCGAGGCUCGGAGGGCUUUGGAAGAAGAUUUGGGAGCGAGCUUUGGACCUUCUGCUAGGCUUUGA